ACAACAGUGUUAGAUAUCCCAAGGUCAAGCUGUGUUACAAGAAGAUAAAAACCCAGGUUCCCAGGACCUGACAAACACUACCUAGAAGAGCAUCUCUGUCUGGUCACUCCUAUCUCCUCCUCCAACGAGAAGCACAGAACUAAUCACAGCCCGAGACCGCCGCAAGUCUGGCUCAGAAAGCAGUUGAUCUAUAGAUUGACCGUCCAGCUCGCUCACCAUGUCCUUUACCCUCGUUGUCACGACGAUGCUUCUGAGCUCUUCAGUGGUGAAUACAUUUGUCUUGCAGUCAUCCAAGGAAGAACCUACAGCCUCUGCUAACUCUCCUGUUUCCAAUCCCAGGUGCCAGGGGGGGUCCCUGCAGUUCACACGGAAGAGCCUCCUCGGGGCUCUAAACUUGCAGACUGAGCCACAGCUGCGUGCUGGUGGGCUUGAUGGUAUCAGAGAGCACUGGAGGACCACCUUCAGCACCAUCACUCACAGAGCCAUGGACACAGCAGUUCCAGCGGCCUCUGGCUACUCUGUGUCACCUAAUGUUGGAAACAGUACGGGCCUGAGGUGCUGUUCUAUGGCCACUGAGAUCAGCAUGACAGAUCUGGGAUGGGACAACUGGAUUAUCCAUCCUGCCAGCCUAACCAUUGUUCAGUGUGCACUCUGCAACCCCAAAGUGAACACUGGGCAAUGCCCAUCACCCCAUGCCAAUGUCCAGGAUGCUGAAUCACAGGUGCCAUGUUGUGAGCCCAUCUCCCAGGAAAUGGUUCCCGUCCUCUACAUGGAUGAAUUCAGCAACCUUGUAAUUUCCUCCGUGCAUCUGACCCGCAGCUGCGGUUGUGAUCGUGGCAACCUCCAGCCACCCAGCAGAGAGUAAACUUUGUUUUAUACUCCUGAGUAUGUGAGCCACCUGGCAAACACAUAGAAUACAGGAAAUGUGGAUAAUACAUUAUAUGCAGGCCUAUCUUCUCCCAGUAUACUUAUCUUAGAUCCUUACAGUGUGCAUUCAACACGGGGCGUGGGAACCAAAGCAAAGUCUCGCUAAGAACUCAGUUUGCGUUCCUGUUUCUCCAUUCUGACGUGCCAGCACAGAUCUGUUUAGCCGGCCAAACAUAAAACUGAUCAAUUAUAAUUUUAUUGGUAUAACUGAUGAGGAUAUCUAAAUGAUAUGUUAUUCAUUGACAAUUAAAAUCUAUAUUUGCAUGCUAUUGCGUUUAAUUAACAGUGAACCAACAAUUAGAUUUGGGUGGAUUGUAUACAUUUAUUUCUGUAGAUAAAUAGUAAAAUAAAAUAUUUCUCUUGCACCAAGAGCUGGAAGUGAAGUGCAGCUACCACUCAGGUAGUAAGUGGUGUUUUAUCUUUAAAUAAAUCUCAUGAGUUCACGGCGCUAUUUGAAGCCUCCAAUCGUUACGGCGUGUUCCUUUUAAAAAAAUGUGUGACUGUGCAGAGCCAAAUCCUUUCACGAGCCAGAUGUCUCCACACCAUAUGUGAGACAACAAUUUCCUCUUAUGGCCAAGAAGUGAAUUACAUCCCGAAAGGCCAACUGAGGAUAACUAUUUUAUCAAAUAUAAAAUAGUUAUCCUUAUUGUGUAAAUUAGUCAUUGUGUUAUCUAGCUAAACUCAUUGCACCUAAAACAUCGUAUCAAUUUCUCCUGACUAUCAACAACAUCUGUGCUGUGCUGUGCUUUUCCAUGAACUGCCGCUGGCCAUGCUCCAUUUUCAUGUUUUAACUGGUAGAAAAGAUGAAGACGACAGUGCUGCCAAGCAAACCUCAAAAAAAUGUAACUGUAAGAAAAAAAAAAUCAUGGUACUUUCUCUUUAUACACUUAAAAUAACACAUUUAAAUGUUUUGCUGUGAUGUGUUACUUUGGCCAGAAAAGUAAUUUAAUUUAAGGCCUGGCUGACAAUAUACUAACAUUGAUUUACGUUAUAUGUGCUUUUAUAUUCAUUUUUAACAGCAAAGUUAUUAUUUGUUAUUCUUUUUUCCUUAUAGGUCCCUUUGACCAUUUCUUAUGAUAGUUUAAGUUUGUCAUUUUGUUAUAUCACUUUACAAAGUUACCUCACCAUUCACUUUUUCCAGUAUUUUUCACAACUACUACUUAUCAGAGUGAUGUAUCACCUAAACUCAAUCAAUAUAUUACAUAGAUCAAAUGUUUUAUUGUGCUUAUGACAUUGCUAAUCAUUUGUAUACAUUUCCCGAUUUCUCGCUCACAAAUUAUUUGAAUAAAGAUGAUUCAAAUGAA